CUACGAAAAAGCCAGGACUACAGACAAAGUAUGAGUGAUCAUGGUGCAGAAAGAGCAUUUGCUGCAUUAGUUGAAAAUUUGUCACCAAACUCGGCGAACUUGGAGAGAGUAAUGCAUUUCAUUGGAGAUGUGUGUGCAGAUCAGGACUGGGCGUUACUCAAGAACCUUAGCGAGACAAUGGAGGAACUGGUUCAAUUUUCUCCGCUACGUACAAAGUCGAAGCCAUCUGUUUGUCAUGUGACUAUUCCAGAUAUUGAGAUCAGUGUUAGAUGCCAAGUUCCGGAUGAUAUGCUCCGCUCAGGUUGGGAACCAUUAGGGGUUUGUGGAGAUGGGAAUUGUCUGUUUCGGUCAGUGUCAGUAUCUAUAAGUGAUAACCAGUCUGAGUCUCUACAUCAAUGGUUAAAACUCUGGUGUAUCGUCCAUGGCUGUGUAAAUGAGCACUUUUACAUCAAGCAGUUUCUUGCCGAUGCAGAUCGCGUUGAUGGCUUUCUGUCAUUAAUAACAGAUGAUGAUGUAUAUGGCGGUUUGAAAGAUAACAUGACUAUGAAUGAUAGAGUUAGUUAUGUUUAUAUGCGUGAGAUAAUGAAAACCUCUGUGGAUGGUCGUUACUCUGGAUAUCUCCAAAUUGUGCUUUUGGCUGGCUUACUUAAAACCACCAUUUGCCAGCAUUGCUCUGCGCCAGGAUAUGAACUCUAUAACACAGAGAUAUGUCCUCCAAAUGGGUCGACCGAAUCAAUUCAUCUGCUCUGGUGCCAGCUAUCUGGUGGAACGAUUAAUCACAUUGUUCCGAUGUUGAGAUGUGAAACUGACGAACAUAUAAAUACCUUUUCCGAGAAUUUUAAAACAGCUUGUGCAGCGACAAUGAAAUGCCAAUUCGCACAUAACCUAGACAGUGCUGCUGACGAGAGAUGGAUUUUGUGUGAACAGUGCUUGUUCUGGUAUCAUGAAAGCUGUGUAUACCAUAUUACAAAGAGGAGUUUGCCAGCACAUUGGUUCUGCGGUUGUAUGAAACAACCAGAAUGUAUUUGGGCUAACGAUUUUGAUGAACCAACGAAGCUUCGACGAUUCUUUGUUCGUUCCUCUAAUUCCGAAUUGAAGUUGUUCUUGCGUAGUCUGGCGAAAAAAGAGGUGAAGAGUAGGAGAGUGACAUUAUUUAUUCAAAGUUUGGCUGGUAAUACGAAUGCUGAUAAUCUUUUGAAACAAAAUACUGGUUUGGGAAUAUUUAGAGAUGUAAAUACCAAAGAUUAUGUAAAGAGAUUUGUUAAAACAAGUAUCGAAAAUGAUGACAAUAUGCUUCUGGAGGAAAUUAUUCUCCUGGAACAGCGCGAGCAGUAUAUUUUUGAAGUGUGUGUACCAGAGGUUGUUAUUUGGAUCAUGGCUAAAGCCGGAAAUAUAAGCAGAGCAUUGGCGGAAAGGUUUUUUUUUGAAUACUUCUCACACAAUAAAAUUGAUUGA